UGGGGAGCAGAGACCUGGGGGGCAAGGGACAGCGAGAUGGAGCAGUGCUGGAUCCCCAUGUGGUGCCUGUGGAUGGGUGUCCAUAGUCCUCACCUCUCUCUGCCUUGCAGCAUCUCUGCCCUUUGUCAUCCUGACACUAGUGAACUCCCCGUACAAGCGAGGCUUCUACUGCAACGACGACUCCAUCCGCUACCCCUACAAGGCGGACACCAUCACGCAUGGCCUCAUGGCCGGGGUCACCAUCACCUGCACUGUUGUCAUUAUCUCGUCGGGGGAGGCAUACUUGGUCUACACGGAGCGCCUCUACUCCAAGUCAGAGUUCAACAAUUACCUGGCUGCCCUCUACAAGGUGGUGGGAACUUUCCUCUUUGGGGGGGCCAUCAGCCAGUCGCUGACUGACCUGGCCAAAUACAUGAUCGGACGUCUCCGACCAAACUUCCUGGCCGUCUGCAAUCCUGACUGGUCCAAGGUGAACUGCUCCAUCUAUGUGCAGCUGGAGAAUGUCUGCCAGGGGGAGAGCAGGAACAUCACAGAGUCCAGGUUGUCCUUCUAUUCCGGACACUCCUCCUUUGGGAUGUACUGUAUGAUGUUCCUGGCGCUCUACGUGCAAGCCCGGCUGGUGGGGAAGUGGGCCCGGCUGCUGCGCCCCACCAUCCAGUUCUUCCUCAUCACCUUUGCCAUCUACGUGGGCUACACCAGGGUGUCUGACUACAAACACCACUGGAGCGAUGUGCUGGCAGGGCUGCUCCAAGGGGCUCUCAUUGCUGUCCUCAUCGUCCGUUAUGUCUCCGACUUCUUCAAGCACCGUCCCCCACGGCCGUGCAGUGAGAAGGACCCGGAGCGUAAGGCCAGCCUGCCGCUCACCAUGACCGCCCCC